CUUUUGAUCAAGAAAUUUCAAAGUCAAAACAAUCAAACUCACCCAAUAUGAAGAAGAAGAAGAUCUUGAGCUUAGUCAUUUGGCUUCUCUUUCUAAUGUCUCCCCUUUCCCUCUCUCUCUCUCAUGCUCUCCUCCAAGAUGGCACUGUCGAACCAGUAAUACCUGGUGUAAACGUAGAACUUUCUAAAUCAUUACUCCGAGAGGAAACCCUUGUGGGAUUUGAUGGCAUUGGGUUGAGGAAAAUGGGGAAUGGAAGAAAGAGAAUAAUGAGGAAUGAUGAGAGAGAUGAUCAACAAGUUCAAGAUAGCUCAAGAAUUUCAGGCAAGAACAAGUCUUUUCAAACAUCUCAACCUAACCAUCAGGAGAGUGUCAGCUCAACGGUAUCAAAGAACUGGAGGCAUUCAAAGAGGGUGUUGAAGAAACAGGAAGAUACUCAAAGGCUUGUCAAGGCAGCGAGAGAGAUAGCCAAUUUGAUGCACAGAGACUAUAAGGAUUGGGCUCACCGCAAGCCACCGAUCAACAAUUAUGAACCUAUGCAUUAAGAGAGGGCAUGCCCUUUUUUAGCUUACAAUGCCAUAUAGAUAUGCACAAGCACAAGAACCAUUAGUAGCAUUAUUGGAUUGUUUGAAACAGAUUUCUGUACCAUAUCAGGGAAGUCAAUUAGAUUUUAAUAUUUCUAUUUGUAUUAGGCGAAUUAACGCACCGAAAAUAUUAUGUUUCUCGUUUUCGACUCGAU